CGGAUGCAGGAGCUGCAGAUAGAAAACGUCUAGAAAUUCAAGGAUGCUUCCCCGGAUGAGGGGGCAGGAUGCGAUGAAAAAAAAAAGAAAAGAUUUUUUUAAAAACCCGGUAACGAUGCUGAAUUUUACGAAGAGGGACAAAGUUGAUAGGAAAUGAAUAGCGGAUCAGAGACAUUUUUGUAUUUCCCAAAAUAGGACACCUCCACCCCCACCCCACAACCCUGAGCAAGAAAAGGGACGAGUCAAGGGGUUCGACCAGCAAUGUGAAAGGCGCCCACUCUGUUGGGAUGAUUUCCAGGGUUGGCACCCGAUCGGGACACAUGAGUCGCCCUCAUAGCCAGACCUCGGUCGCCGCGGAAGAGAGUGGGUCAUAACCGGGAAGAGAUAAAGAAGAAAGAGAUUAAGAACCCCAAGCAGUCGCAGACUGCAGACAGCAAGGAAGACGGAGCAGCCACCGCUGCAACUACUACUAUCGCGAUUCCCAAAGGAAGUCCAGGCACCAGGUCCUGAAGAAGCAGCCCAGCACCCCUGAUGAGCACCUUCGGUUUACUUCGAGGUCCUGCAGUACUAGCCAGAGUAUGCGUGGGGCCGCAUGGCCUCAGGCUCAGGGAGAAGUGGGCACUGCUGUCCCCAGGAAGUGCUGGCACUGCGCUACAGGUGGCUGACAAGAGGGACCACCCCGCCCUGCUGCCUCUGGACGAGAGUGAGCUGGAGGAGCAGUUUGUGAAGGGACGCGGACCAGGGGGCCAAGCCACCAACAAGACCAGCAACUGCGUGGUGCUAAAGCAUGUGCCCUCAGGGCUCGUGGUGAAGUGCCAUCAGACGAGAUCUGUGGACCAAAACAGGAAGCUGGCUCGGAAAAUCCUACAGGAGAAAGUAGAUGUUUUCUACAAUGGUGAAAAUAGUCCUGUUUGCAGAGAGAAACGAGAGGCAGAGAAGAAAAAGCGAGAAAGGAAGAAAAGAGCAAAGGAAACUCUAGAAAAAAAGAAACUACUGACAGAACUAUGGAAAUCAAGUCAAAAUUCUGCUGUGGAUAAAAAUGCCAAUUCUGGCUGAACUUGCCAGAAAGUGUCCAGGGAGUAGUUAGAAGGGUCUCCUUUUUUUGUUUGUUUUUUAAGAAACAAGUCUCUUGUGCUGGGAGUAUAGCUCAUGGGGGCGCUCUGUGUUCAGUGCCCCAACAAUGAAAAAAAAAGCAGCUGUGAUCUCACUGCCGGCCCAAUUCCUAGAACUCAAAAGAUCUCCCUUGGUUCCAGCCUCCCAUGUAGCAAGAACUGCAGGAGUAUGCCGCUGUGCCUGGAAGCCAGGCUUGGUGGCGCAUGCCUGUAGUUCUAGCACUUAGGAGGCUGAGGCAAGAGGAUUGCAAGUUCAAGGCCACCAGAACUAUACGAAAAUGAUGGUGACAUUAUUUAGGUACUUGCCCAUUUACCCUGUUAGCUUGUUAGUAGACUUGUUUUGCCAAGAAAUGUUUCUCAGGGCCAGGGAUUUAGCUCUGGCACCACACUUGCUUCCAUAAGCACAAGGCCCUGAGUUCAAUCCCCAGUACAGAAAAAAAAGCCUCUGCAGACAAACAUGUCAUUCAGGCUGGGGAUUCAGCUCAGUGGUUUUACCGCCUGCCUUGUAAAUGCAAGGGCCUGAGUUUGAUCCCCAGUACCAAAAACAAAAAACACGUGAUUUUCUGUAUACCAACGUGUGGGGAGCAUUUUGUUUCAAGUACUGGGGAUCAAACGCAAGGCCUCCACUGAGCUGCACCCCAGCCCUAUUUCAUAUUUGCCAUCGUGACAAAUAGGGGAUGGUGCUGACAGGCCCAGCGUGCUUUUCUGACCACAGCACAUGAAAUACAGAUUCUGUAGCACUCAGAAA